CUCUGGGUUCUCUUGGGCCGCCCCAGCGGCCGAACCCCGCUCGGGGGAGGUUCCGGUCCGGGCCGAGCUGUGUCCUCGGACGGGGCGCGCAGCGCUGGGGAUGGUGCUCUCAGGAGCACGGACCGGUUCCGAGGCCUUCUCGUCGCUCUAAACUGCUCAUCAUGUUGGGCUCUGGAUUCAAGGCUGAGCGCCUGCGUGUCAACCUGCGCCUUGUCAUCAAUCGCCUCAAGCUGCUGGAGAAAAAGAAGACUGAAUUGGCCCAGAAGGCAAGGAAGGAGAUUGCAGAUUAUCUGGCAGCUGGAAAAGAUGAGCGUGCUAGGAUUCGUGUGGAGCACAUCAUCCGUGAAGAUUACCUUGUGGAAGCCAUGGAGAUCCUGGAGCUCUACUGCGAUCUACUGCUAGCCCGCUUUGGCUUGAUUCAGUCCAUGAAGGAGCUGGACUCUGGCCUGGCAGAAGCAGUGUCUACGCUGAUUUGGGCUGCACCGCGACUCCAGUCAGAAGUGGCUGAAUUGAAGAUUGUUGCUGAUCAGCUGUGUGCCAAAUACAGCAAGGAGUAUGGGAAGCUGUGCCGCACAAACCAGAUUGGAACAGUUAAUGACAGGCUGAUGCACAAGCUGAGUGUGGAGGCACCUCCCAAGAUUCUGGUGGAGAGAUAUCUCAUUGAAAUUGCCAAGAACUACAAUGUUCCCUAUGAACCUGACUCAGUGGUGAUGGCUGAAGCCCCUGCAGGUGUUGAGGCAGAUCUGAUUGAUGUGGGAUUCACAGAUGAUGUGAAGAAAGGUGGCCAUGGAGGGGGAGGAGGUGGUGGAUUUACAGCUCCACUGGUUGGUCUUGAUGGUUUAGUGCCCGUGCCAAUGCCUAUGCCCAUGCCAUCAAAUCCCCCCUUCUCCUAUCCACCUCCAAAGGGACCGGAGAACUUCAAUGGCCUGCCAGUGGGGGCCUAUCAGCCUUUUACUAACAUUCAUCCUCCACCAAUUCCAGCAAACCCACCAACGUAUGAAUCUAUUGGUGAGCCUGAUGCUGACAAGGAUUCUGCUUCUGCAUCGGUGGCAGGGCCUGGACCCAAACCAGAAGCUUCUCCAAAACCAAGAGUUGGACCUCCUAAUACCAUUGAUAAUUUUGUAUUGCCUGAAUUACCUUCUGUGCCAGAUACACUACCAACAGCAUCUGCUGGUGCUAAUUCUUCCGCCUCUGAAGACAUUGACUUUGAUGAUCUUUCUCGGAGAUUUGAGGAGCUAAAGAAGAAAACAUAAAGAGUGAUUUGGCUACAGCUCCAAUGGGAAGGGCAGGAGCUGUGACUGCUGUUUUUCUCUGAAACACUCUCCCUUCGAUUGGUUUCCUGUAUUAACCUCAAAUGAACACUUCUCUUUGAGCUCUCUUCCUGCUGUUCUUAAACCACAUGCUGUCGCUUUCUCAGUCCUUGUUGCUCCAGGAGUUGAACUGUAGAGACUCUUAAGAGAUGAAAGCAGGGAACCGCUCCAACCAAUCCAGGUAGCUGCAGAGAAAGGCCUUGCUUGACUGAUGUUCCUGCCCGUCUCUGUGGCAGCUGCGUGUUUUCUUCUACAGAGAAAGGUGAUGAAGGUUGAAA